UACAUUUGUUCGCUUCCGAGAUUUUUAUGCAAUAGCCACGUCAUGAAGCUUGCGUUUCUUCAUGCGGAACGUUAGGAGCAGUAAACACAUCUUGAUUUCGAUAGCACUUUCUCCUAGAAUUGUACGAAGUGGACUUACUUUUGGAUCAGGCAAGUAAAGCAGGCUCUACCAAACUAGAAUGUUUCGAGGAAGGAUAAGAAUGCAUACAUGUCGUAUCAUCCUGUUCACUUCAUUGGUGUGGUUUCUACUUGAUGUUGCAGUCCUCUUUUACUAUUCGGAUUCUCCUACUCCUUCUCGAGGUAACGGGAUUGCUGAUGGAAAUCAUGGUGCUAUGCCCCAAAAUUCACUUGGCAUUCUUGGUGCCCAAGCUGCUGGGGCCCAUCCAGCGAAAAGAGAGAUCCUUGAUGAUUCCUCCGGUAACGCCGUCAAUCAUUUUGCUCAAGCAUCGUUACCAUCCAACCAUAAAGAUGAGGUGAUAGAGAUGGAUGAACGUGGGUUUUCGUUAAAAUAUGCCCAACAUGAGCUAAAGAAAUGGGUUCCAGCUGCAGUCGUGCCUGAACAAGCUGGCAGUCCCGGAGAAAUGGGGAAGCCUGUUCAUUUACCUGCGGAUCAGGAAUCUUUAAUGAGAGAAAAGUUCCGUCUCAAUCAGUUCAAUCUGUUGGCUUCAGACUCCAUAUCUCUGAACCGCUCGCUUCCAGAUGUUCGCUUAGAAGGUUGCCGUGAAAAAUCUUAUCCUUCCAUGCUUCCAACAACGAGCAUUGUUAUCGUCUUUCACAAUGAGGCUUGGUCAACAUUGCUUCGCACUGUAUGGUCUAUCAUAACCCGCUCACCACGUGAACUGCUGGCAGAAAUUAUUCUGGUGGAUGAUGCUAGUGAAAGAGAUUAUCUCGGAAAGGAACUUGAAGAACACGUAGCUAAUUUCCCCGUCCCUGUUCACGUACUCCGUACUCACAAACGUUCGGGACUCAUCCGAGCUCGCCUUAUUGGUGCUAAAGAAGUUAAAGGACAAGUAAUUACGUUUCUUGAUGCCCACUGUGAAUGCACAGAAGGGUGGCUUGAACCUUUGUUAGCUCGGGUGGCGGAAAAUAGGAAAAUCGUUGUGUGUCCGAUAAUCGAUGUAAUUUCGGAUGAGUCAUUUGAAUAUGUGACAGCGUCCGACAUGACUUGGGGAGGUUUCAAUUGGAAACUCAACUUCAGAUGGUACCGAGUUCCACAAAGGGAGAUGGAUCGACGAAACGGAGAUCGCACUCAGCCUUUGCGGACACCAACAAUGGCUGGAGGACUGUUCUCCAUCGACAAAGAUUAUUUUGAGGAAAUCGGCACCUAUGACGAAGGCAUGGACAUUUGGGGUGGUGAAAAUCUCGAAAUGUCCUUUAGGGUGUGGAUGUGUGGUGGGUCGGUAGAAAUAGCCACCUGUAGUCACGUGGGUCAUGUCUUUCGCAAAACUACUCCCUACUCAUUUCCUGGCGGAACAGCGCGCAUUGUCAACCACAACAAUGCACGACUUGCUGAAGUUUGGCUCGACCAAUGGAAGGAAUUUUAUUAUGAGCUCAAUCCCGGUGCAAGAAGUGUGGAAGUGGGAGAUGUAUCAUCCAGACGCGCUUUGAGAAAGAAGCUCAAUUGUAAAAGUUUUCGGUGGUAUCUGGAGAAUGUUUAUCCCGAAUCUCAAAUGCCUUUGGACUAUUUUUUCCUCGGAGAGAUUCGCAAUGCAGAAACGCAAACGUGCUUAGAUACAAUGGGCCGUAAAGGUGGUGAGAAUGUCGGGAUCUCCUACUGCCAUGGACUUGGCGGUAAUCAAGUAUUUGCAUACACCAAACGCCAGCAAAUCAUGUCCGAUGAUAACUGUCUGGAUGCUACUGGAACCGACGGAAUUGUUAAGCUAAUCCGUUGUCAUGGAAUGGGUGGCAAUCAAGCGUGGCUCUAUGAAGCUCAGGACGGUCUGAUACGCCAUGUGAAUUCCGGCCGUUGCUUAUCGAAACCAGAAUCACGAGAUGUAACAUUGCCUGUGUUACGAAGAUGUGAUGGAUCCUCAGGACAGCAAUGGGUCAUGAAGAGUCGGUUUAAGUGGCAGGCUACUAUAGACGAUAAUUCCUUGUAAAUGGCUUUGUAUUUCUACGAACCUUCCAAAGAGAGAGAGAAAACGAUAGAGAAACGUGUUGUCAGAUGACAUGUAUAUAGGUGAAAGGUUGCCAUUUAAAUAUGAUGGGAGCUCGUGAUGCCGUCCUCUUAACAACCUCCAUGUUUUCUAAAUAUGUACCAUUUUGUUGUAUCACAUGACACAUUCCAUCUCACUAAGACCAUUGAAAUGCAUUCUCGGCAAUGAGUAGCAGCAACACCAACUUAAUGUGACAUCAGAGGUUUGGUUUACUGGAGUCGUUUGCUUUUGUUUUUCAUUGAUAUAGUUUUCACCUUUUUUCUCCCAUACACCUGGCGUUUGCUGCGCUUUCAUAGGCCCUCUAAUGCUAUACAGUACUUUCCGUUGUACUUCUAGAUCAUCUGCUAAAACGUAAUUAAGUCUCAACUUCGAGACGUGCGUGAAAGCUGUACUUCUGAUUGAUUGGUACAUCUACAUAACAUUUAAAUUAUCCAGCGUCAACUUGUUCCGCGUAUCGUUUGACUGAAUACAGAUAUCGCUGCCCAAAA